CGAAAGUGCGAUAGUAUCGAAUAAACAUGAGUUUGUGCAUGAGUGUGGGAAUUUAUUAAACAAAAACGAAACGCGGACAAACUAUAUUUAUGUAAUAAACGCCAAGCCGCAACGCCAAAGAGCAUUGAGCAGAUCACGGCUAGGUCGUAUUAUUUCGGUGAACGCACCUCUCAAUCGACUACAAUCAUAGUGCAAAAGCUCAAUCAAUUGAUUCGUUUUGCUCAACCAAAAACAAAAUCUAUCCCCAAAUCGUUGCGAUAGUUGCCAAAAAGUAAAAUCAACUACACAAAAACACAACACACACACACACGCGUGCAAGACAACAAAAAAGAAGAAGAGCAGACGCCAGCUAUAAAAAAGGCCCCAAAGAAGUGAAAAUAAGACCAUCCCCCCCUUCUCCACCAAAAAGGGGUAAUAAAACUGGGCGACGACUAAUAAUUGAACCCAAAAAACCCGCGAAAAUUUGUAGAAAAACUAUUUUCCAACAAAAUAACUAGAAGCCUUGUUAUCGAUUUUGUUCCGUGUGUUUGUGUGUGUGAAGCGCGCCCGCGUGCGGUUGUGUGGGUGAGUGUGUGUACGUGUGCUCUCGGCGCGUUAUCAAAAACAACAACAUUCGUUGCAAAAGGAGAAAUAAAGAAGAAGAAGAAGGAAACUUCUUUAGCCGGUUGCAAAACGCGCCAUCUCGCUCGCACCGCGGUCAAUCGCGGAUCGUGGUCGAUUUAUCAAAUUAAUCGUCCCGAAAAAAAAACACUGUACAAGUAGUUGAAUUAUUUCAAAUGAUUUCGCUGCUGCAAAUGAAAUUCCAUGCACUUUUGUUGUUGCUAUCAAAAGUAUGGACAUGCAUCUGUUUCAUGUUCAAUCGCCAAGUGCGAGCUUUUAUCCAGUACCAACCGGUUAAAUACGAACUCUUCCCGCUGUCACCCGUCUCGCGGCACCGCCUGAGCCUGGUGCAGCGAAAGACCCUUGUUCUGGACCUGGACGAAACUCUGAUCCACUCCCAUCACAAUGCGAUGCCCCGGAACACGGUUAAGCCGGGCACGCCGCACGACUUCACCGUCAAAGUGACCAUAGAUCGGAAUCCAGUACGCUUUUUCGUGCAUAAGAGACCGCAUGUGGACUAUUUCCUGGACGUGGUUUCGCAGUGGUAUGAUCUGGUGGUCUUCACUGCCAGCAUGGAGAUAUACGGAGCGGCGGUGGCAGACAAGCUGGACAACGGACGAAACAUCCUCCGGAGGCGAUACUACAGACAACACUGCACGCCCGACUACGGAUCCUAUACCAAAGACCUGUCGGCCAUCUGCAGUGACUUAAAUAGGAUAUUCAUCAUUGACAAUUCGCCCGGGGCCUAUCGCUGUUUUCCCAACAACGCCAUACCCAUCAAAAGUUGGUUCUCGGACCCGAUGGACACGGCGCUGCUGUCGCUGCUGCCCAUGCUGGAUGCGCUGAGGUUUACGAACGACGUGAGAUCGGUGCUGUCGAGGAAUUUGCACCUGCACCGCCUCUGGUAGCAGGUGGGCCGCUUGUCGCUAGUUUAGUUUAUCUAUUUAGGAGGAGCAAUGAUAGCCAGCGAAGUGGGGAUAAUAUCUUCUGAAAUUAGCAACAAACAUGGUGGUGCUGUGACACAUUAACGAAUUUUUUCAUUAUUAUUAUUUUCACCAUUCAGUCAGAUGAGCGGAGGACACACAGAUAAAGGAGAAAAAUGAGGAUAGAUGAUAGAUUGACAGAUUUGGAAGCGAUGGUUUUUUCCUUUUGUGUAUAGAGACUAAAAGAUUUUGUAACAAUCUAACUAUACAUGCAUAUUUGUUCUUAUAUGUAGACCAGCUAUGUUUAUUAGAAUUAUUUUUUUUUUUUGCUUGUUUUGUGCGGGUAUAUUUUGAUUAUAAUAUCAAAUGGAAACUCUUGAAUACAGUAUAUAUAUGAAAUUGAAGCAAAGUAGAAAGCGAAUUGUCAACAUGAACAAAUUUGUCAAGUUAUAUAUCAUAUUAUUAUAAAUUAAAUAUAAGGCCACUUACAACAAGAGUCUUAUAAUUUCUAUACCAUGAUAACAUUUAAUUAUUAUGACACGAAUUGUUUUUGUGAAGAUAACGAGACAAAGCAAAAUACUUAUAUUUAUACAAAUUAGUUGAUUACGAAACUUUCCUGGACAUCAUUAUUAUGGAUAAUUAUUGAAUAUGUAACCGAUUCUGUAUAGACUUAUAUAUGUUCUGCCCUCGUUUCCUGUACAAAACUAAACGAAUGGAAGAUCUUCAAGAGUUUCAUUGCUUGCAAACCAAACAACACUUUUUUAUGGAUAAGAUUUUUGUCUUUCGGGGAAGUUAUAUAUUUAUACAAUAUAUAUAUAAAAAUCUACUACUAAGCAACAACCAACAACUAUAAACUACUAUUAAAGUAAACAACAACCGACAAGCAAGCAAGUAAGGCAGAAGUUAUAUUUUCUAAGGCGAGCCAAGUAGCAAAAAGAAUUAAAAAUCACAUUAAUUCUGAUAGGAUCGGAUCAGAUCAGGUUAAUGAGCCGCAGACUGGGACAGAUAUAUAUAGGGAGUUUAGAGAGCCAAAUCACUAAUUAUACGAGAACCGAGUUAGUCUGAGAAUUGAGAAAUCGUGGCACAUCAUCCGAGGCAUCACAGGAUAUUCAGGAAAGCAGCAGAGGAAUUAAGCAUGAGAGAAAAAGAAACACGUGAAAACUGCUUCCAUAGUUAAUGUUAUUUCCAAAAGCAUAAAUACAACACUAAACUAAACAACAAAAGCUUGCACACGCCCUUUCCCUUAACCCCACCCUUAUCCAAUUGUUCUUUUUAUCUUACUGUACAUUUAUAACAAUCAAUAUUUGUUUAUUUAUUGCAAGGAAAACGAGAAUAAUACGUGAAUGCGAUGUUGUUAAUUUUAAGUAGUUUGUAGCAAAUUUGUUAAACUGAAGAGUAAAUGAAAUAAAUGAGAAAGGGAACACGAAA